CUUCCUGUGCACUGAGUUCUUAAUCUUCACAACGACCCUCUGAGGUAGACUCUGACCAUCUUUACUUUGCGAACAAGGAAACGGACACCCAAAGAGGGUCUGACUGAACCGCCCAGCCCCCUUUGCUGCCUGGCUCUUCCUGCUGCCUCGUGCGGGAUGCCUCUGCCCCAAGAACUGAGGGCUCGGGGGCCCCGCAGGCUUUGGCUUUCUGGCCCUGGGGUGCACCCCCACAGGCUGCACCUUCCUACAGGAUUACAGCCACAUUCCUCCCCACUCCCAAGGAUGCUUCACAGGGAUAGAGAACGCAAUGCCAAGAAGCUGGUGACGGCCAUCUUCUUCUCCGCCAUGGCUAACAGCAUUAAGUAUGAAGUGGCCUCCCAGCAGGAGGGGGAUGCUCCCCCCUCGGCCGAUGAAGCCAGCCCAGGGUCCGAGCAGGUAAAGCUGAAGAAGGAGAUCUCGCUGCUUAAUGGCGUGUGCCUGAUUGUGGGGAACAUGAUUGGCUCGGGCAUCUUUGUCUCCCCCAAGGGCGUGCUCAUGUACAGUGCCUCCUUUGGCCUCUCCCUGGUCAUCUGGGCUGUUGGGGGCCUCUUCUCCGUUUUUGGGGCCCUUUGUUAUGCGGAAUUGGGCACCACCAUUAAGAAAUCUGGGGCCAGCUAUGCCUACAUCCUCGAGGCCUUCGGGGGAUUCCUUGCCUUCAUCCGACUCUGGACCUCACUCCUCAUCAUCGAGCCCACCAGCCAGGCCAUCAUUGCCAUCACCUUUGCCAACUACAUGGUGCAGCCAAUCUUCCCGAGCUGCUUCGCCCCGUAUGUUGCUGGGCGCCUGCUGGCCGCUGCCUGCAUCUGUCUCUUAACCUUCGUUAACUGUGCCUACGUCAAGUGGGGAACGCUGGUACAAGAUAUCUUCACCUAUGCUAAAGUGUUGGCGCUGAUCGCUGUCAUCAUCGCAGGCAUUGUUAGACUUGGCCAGGGAGCCUCGACGCACUUUGAGAAUUCUUUUGAGGGUUCAUCAUUUGCAAUGGGUGAUAUUGCCCUGGCACUGUACUCGGCUCUGUUCUCCUACUCGGGCUGGGACACGCUCAACUACGUCACUGAAGAGAUCAAGAAUCCUGAGAGGAAUCUGCCCCUGUCCAUUGGCAUUUCCAUGCCCAUUGUCACCAUCAUCUACAUCUUGACCAAUGUGGCCUAUUACACCGUCCUAGACAUGAGGGACAUCCUAGCCAGUGAUGCCGUUGCUGUGACUUUUGCAGACCAGAUUUUUGGAAUUUUCAACUGGACAAUUCCGCUGGCGGUUGCGUUAUCCUGCUUUGGUGGCCUCAAUGCCUCCAUUGUGGCUGCUUCUAGGCUUUUCUUUGUGGGUUCAAGAGAAGGCCAUCUCCCUGAUGCUAUCUGCAUGAUUCAUGUUGAGCGGUUCACACCAAUACCUGCUCUGCUCUUCAAUGUAAGUGACCUCAAGGAUGGGGCUGAAAGCCAGACUGUGGGGGAAAUGUUAACAGAAGUGGGGGCGCCUGGUUAAGCAUCCGACUUCAUUUCAGCUCA